AUGGCAAGCAAAUACUUAUAGAAGUACCCAGUUCCAGCUGGCUUCCCUGACAUUCUCCACGACUUUGCAAGAGAAGUUCUAAGAGACCAACCUGAUAACAUUAAAGAGUAUGGUUGGCAAUACUUUAAGGCACUUGAAGAGGGUGUACCUUUUGACUACAAAAAGAAAGGCAAGGCUAUUCCACCUCCAAAGGACCGCAAACCUAAUCACAACAACUACUAUCAGGUUGAUCCUAGUCCAAACGCUCACAUUCAUGGAGCAUAAGAUAGACCUACCCAAUAAAGAUAACCAGUGCAUCAAUAGUAACAGCAGAGAAGAGGAUUAGAUGAAAACCAACUCAGAUAGCAUGAUAAAUAAAACGCUGCUCCAGGACUGCAUCAUAACAGAGAGCACUCUGUAGGCCAAAAAUCUCAAGAAGAAAUAGAUGCUAACAACUACGUCAAUAACUUAAUGGAGAGAGUCUCAGUCAGAUCUAAUGUCGAAUGA